AUGUUUGAAUCUUUGGUGGCAAACCUUGUGAAUCGAUUUUUGGGAUCGUACAUUGAGAACUUCGACGCGAAGCAGCUCAAUAUUGGGAUAUGGAGUGGAGACGUAAAGUUGAAAAACUUGAAAUUGAAGAAAGAAUCCCUAGACAAAUUCAAACUUCCAGUUGAUGUAAAAUUCGGUCACCUCGGUGAAUUGACCUUACAAAUUCCUUGGUCAAACCUCAAGUCAAAGCCAGUUAGAGUCAUAAUUGAGGAUGUUUACUUGCUUGCGUCUCCUAAGAUCAUAAAGGACUUUGAUAUAGAAGAAGACAAUCGUCGUGAACUAGAAUUAAAGAAGCAAAGAUUGGAAAACUUGGAAGCCAUUCAGAGCGUAACUUCACAGGCUCAAGAUGGGAUAGACACAGCUCAAAAUGAAACUUUCACAGAAUCUUUAAUUACAAAAAUUGUAGAUAAUUUACAAGUUACAAUCAAAAAUAUCCAUAUAAGGUACGAAGAUGACUCGGUUUUGGCGGAAUCUCCUUACGCAUUGGGUAUCUCAUUGAAUGAAUUGUCAGCAGUUUCUACUGAUGAAGGUUGGAAGCCAAGUUUUAUUGAAAUAACCCAAACCUUAACAAGAAAGCUUUUAACAUUGAAAUACUUAAGUUGUUACAUGAACACUGAAUCAUCUUCCAUUUAUACCGAUAACUACGAGGACCUCUUGAAUCGGUUUAAGGAAUCAAUCAUUACAGAUCAAAACUAUUCAAUAGAUUUGCAAUUCCUAAUUAAACCUGUUUCAGGUGGGGGCAAGAUCACGCUUAACAAGGCAGGUUCUACAGAGGCAUUCCCUCAUAUUAGGGCUGAAUUGCUGUUCAAGUCAUUUAGAAUCGAGCUUGACUCACAACAGUAUCGGGAUAUCUUGUGGACUGCAUCAAAAUUUCACUGGUAUACUAAGACUCAUAAAUUUAGGAAAUUCCGACCAAAGGUUACAGUUGAAGAAGAUCCAAAGCAAUGGUUUCAGUACGCUGCAAAGUCUGUAUUGAACGAGAUACACGAAAGGAACUAUAAAUGGAGCUGGGAGUAUUUUGCAAAGAGAAGAGAUCAAAGAAAAGCGUACAUUAAACUUUGGAAAGCAAAAUUAUCCAAUAACAUGACAACAGAUCAAAAGUAUGAUCUUUCAAAUUUGGAAACGCUCCUACCAUUUGAAGAUAUAAAAUUUUAUAGAUCAUUGGCAAGAAGUGAGCUUCGAAAACAGAAUGCAAUUUCUUUGGCAUCAGAAAGUGGUGCAAAUAACCCGCAGAAUACCUCCUAUGGAGGAUGGAUAUCAUCAUGGUGGGGUACUGCACCAGCUGCAGAUGCUUCUGCUAAUAACACCAUAGAAGAGAAGACAGAAGCCGAUGAAAGCAAAUUGGAACUUUCGUUGACAGAUGAUCAAAGAAAAGCAUUAUAUGAUGCAAUUGACUAUGACGAAAACCAGGAGAUUAUAGACUCAAUUGAUUUGCCUAAGGACAGAGUGAAACUAGAAGUGUUCACUUCAUUAGAAGAGGGUGGCAUUACAAUAAGACGAAGGACUGAUGAACAAAAUUUAGCUGAAGUUGUGUUUGAAGGAUGUACAGCUCAAUUUUACCAACGCCCGGACUCUUUCUUGGCAAAAUUUCAAUUACAAGAGUUUAGAGUAGAGGAUGGAACGGGAACUACGUUGUACAAGCAUAUUGUUAGUGUUAAACAGAUGCAUUCACACUUGCAUGAAGAUUCGAAUGUAAUCGCAAAUGACCCAUUCUUUCAAAUGUCUUUUGAAAACAACCCACUAGACGAAAGUGCUGAUUCUAUUUUACUAGGGAAAUUGAAGUCGAUGACUAUAUUUUAUAAUCCGAUGUUUAUUGAAGAAGUCGCCCGAUUUUUUAGGCCUCCAAAAAUCCACCUUGAUACAGUCGGUGCAAUUAUGAAUGCUGCUGAAGCAACUGUCGAAGGACUUACUGCUCAAACUAGAAUUGGUUUGCAGUACGCGCUAGAAGAACAUAAGACCAUAAAUGUCAAAUUAGACUUGCAAGCGCCUCUUAUAAUUGUUCCGUUGGAUCCUUCCAACUUUAAGUCACCAGUUGCUAUUCUUGAUGCAGGUCAUAUCAGUGUAGUAAGCAAUUUGGUUGAUAAAGCAAUAAUAGAAGAAGUUCGCUCGAAAGAAAGCUACACAGAAGAUGAUUGGAAGAAACUUAACACCUUGAUGUAUGACCAGUUUAACGUGCAUUUACAGGAUGCACAAUUUCUUGUAGGUCCAAAUAUUAAGUCCACCAUGGAACAAUUGCAUUCUGAGACUAGCAAGGGAAAUUCAUUAAUGCUUGAUAAGCUCAACAUAAAAUUGCUUUUGGGAAUUUCGAUACUUCCUGAUGCACACAAUUUAGCAAAGUUUAAGGUAAGCGGAGAAGUGCCCGAAAUCAAUCUUGCCAUCAAUGAUUUCCAAUACAAAACUAUCAUGCAGAUCAUUGAUGCGUCGUUGCCUAAUUUUGAUGAAUUUGAUGGAGAAGAAUCAAGUGUGUUUGAAGCAUUUGGAACUCGAAAUGGUAGUGUUGAAAUUGAAGAUACUGACAAGACUAACAUGGAUUCCAAACAAAUCGAAGCAAUCAGCAAGCAGCAUAUAUUCGAGUUCAGUUUUAAUGUCCAACUGGUCAACAUUUCACUUUCUAGAUGUAUCAAUGGACACACUCUUCAGACUGAGCCAUUGGUAGACUUGGUUGGAGAUUACUUGUCGUUGAAUUUUUAUAACACGCAAAAAUUGAUGCAUCUAGAUCUAAUUUUAGACGACAUAAACCUAAUAGAUCAUAUUGAACGAUCAGGAGUCCCUGAGUUUGCCAGAUUGAUUUCGUCAAAUAAUUUUACUGAUGAGGAAAUCGUGAACAAGGAAAUCUUCAAACUUGACUAUUGGAGAACGCAGAGAAUUGUUGAAUACAAUGACAAAGAAAUUGAAGUAUUUGACCAGGAUAUUAAAAUGGAUAUUGCGACGGUCAAAUUUGUAGUUUCUAGAAAGUCCUUGUUGAGCCUUCUUAAUUUUGUGUUGAACACUUUCACAGAUCCAAAUGCAGAGGCGACACCAGCCGACGAAUUGAAACACAAUGACUCAAGAGACGAUGAAGUAUCGCCACAAAAGAUUAAUGUGAAGAUUAAUUUGGAUAGUAUUAUCUUGGUUUUGAAUGAGGAUGGUCUCAAAUUAGCGACAUUGAAACUAAGUACAGCUGAUAUUUCCGUGUUCUUAGUCCCAGAAGAAAUGGAAGUCAACGGUAAACUAGGAGCUCUUAGCCUACACGAUGAGAUUAAUCAAGGCUCUCCAAGAGAUUCUCUCUUGAGAAAUUUAAUCAGCAUGGAAGGAGACAAUCUUGCGGAAUUUGUCUACAAGACAUUUGAUAGAGAGAUCAGCGCGAACACAUACAAUACUUUUAUUUCAUUUAACACAGGUGCCAUUGCAAUUAAUUUUGUUGAAAGUUCGUUGAAUAGAAUCCUUUCUUACUUGAGUCAGUUCUUGAAGAUGAAAGCUAUUUAUGACAAAGCUAGAGACGCUGCAAUCAACCAGGCUGGUCAAAUUGAUGAUGCAAAUAAAAUAAAGUUCGAUUUACUAAUCAAAGCACCUACCAUUAUUUUUCCAACUUUGGUGAAGAAUUCGAACAUGCUAUAUGAUACAGUUUCUGCAAGUCUCGGAGAGCUUUAUGCAUACAAUGAAUUCAAAGAACUGAAUGGAAUAAUGAAAAAUAUAAUCUCGACUGGAAUUCGAAAAGUAAACCUCUUGUCGUUGUUCCACUUCGAAAAAAAUUGUAGACAAAAAUCCAAAAUAGUGGAUAACUUCGAUGUGUCAUUCUUGAUUGAUUACAACGAGACGUACGUCAAGGAUAUUCCUACCUUUAUUAUCAAUGGAAGGAUGCCGGCUUUGGACUUAAACUUGACGGAGUUGCAGUUGAAGAAAUUGCUUUCACUUUCAGAUUCUGUUUUAAAAGUCUUCAAUUUUCCAGAUGCAAGUUAUACAUUCGAUGAUAUUGAAAUAGACGCUGAGAAUGCAAACGCAGUUAUUAGACACGAUACGACAGUAAGAAAUGCGAAUGUUACAACUAAACCAAUUAAGUUGGACGUUCAUGAGAGUCAGGCCAUAGAAAUACCUCCAGAGCAUAGGAAUGUGGAAUUGAAGUUCGAGGUACCUAGCAUAUCUUUGAAAAUUUACAACAGGACUUUCGGUAUUGAAGAUAUAGAGAAGAAAAGGUUGGCAUCAUUCAGUUUAAAUAAGUUUGACUUCGAUUUUGAUAUGAGAGAGGACGGACACUUCACAUCAAACUUCAGUGUCGGUUCAUUUGUUGUAAGUGAUAUCAGGGAGAAUACUGACAGUAAGUUCAGAGAAUUGAUACCGCCUAUAAGUGGAGACAACGAUCAAUUUGUUCUCUCAGUAACAACAGACGGUCCAGCUGAAAAAAAGAAUAUUACGGCCAUGCUUACCAUAGAAAAACCAAGCACUAUCCUUGUUCUAGAUUAUUUGUUUGAAUUGAAGGCAUUCUUUGACAAAGGAUUUGAGAAGGAUAGUUCCAUGAUUGUCGAUUACGCCCAAAAUCGCGAAAUGAUCACUGGAGACAGAGGAAGCAUCAGCGGUUCUGCAAAGAUUGAUAAUAGUCCUGGACCUCAGCCAUCUUCGCUGAAUAUUGGAUUUUCAAUAAAUGUAAAGGAGCCUUCUGUCAUAUUGCUAGCUGAUUCUUCAAAAGAAGAUACAGAAGCAAUUGUGUUCAAGGUGGAACAAGUUUUGGUGGCUAGCCAGAAUGUAAUAUCUUUAGCAGCAAACAACAUUGGACUCUUCUUGACUGCUAUGAAUGAUUUUGAUGACACUAGAUAUAGAAUAAUUGACGACUUUUCUGUGUCAUUUGCUCACGAUUCAAAUGGUUCUACGUCAACGAGUUUCUUAACAAAUAUUCAGGCAUCAGUCGAUCCCAUGAUUGUAAGGGUGUCGCUAAGAGAUAUCAGAUUAGCAUUGGAUAUAUUCAACCAUGUGAAUGAAUUAUACAGCAAGGCACAUGCGGAUCAAACUGCUAGCCAAGAAUCUGACUACAAUUUGUCCGAAGAUUUCAAGAGAAGGCUCUCCAAAUACGCUCCAAGCAUCCUAACUAGCCUUUCCGCAAAGUCGCUCACAGCUAAAGAAGCUGUACUGAUUGAUAAUGCCACAGUUGUAAAAGGCGAAGAAUUGGUGGCAAGCAUUGGAGGUGUCAGAUUCGUCUUGAUUGGAGAUGUACAUGAAUUACCAGUCCUUGAUAUGAAUGUUAAACCAUUCGAAGUCAGAGCUAUUAAUUGGUCAACUGAUUUAAAUGCUGAAGUUCACAUUGAGCAAUUUGUCAAUAUUUACAACUACGCCAGAUCUACAUGGGAGCCACUAAUUGAACCAUGGCCCAUUGCAAUUUAUGCCUCAAAUGUUCUAACACCACAGAAAAGCUUACUUGUGGAAGUCGUUUCCCGCCAAUUGGCCGAGAUAACCCUAACUUCACAUUCUGUUGCAUUAUUGUCUCAAAUAUCGAGUUUGAUUACGUCCGAUCAGCGCUUGAAACUACGAGGAGAAGAUAAUCCAUAUCUAAUUGUCAAUGAAACGGGAUUUGACUUGGAAGUAUGGUCAGAUUCUUCUGAUGAUACAAGGGAAAACAGAAGGGUUAUAAAGUCACACGACAAGUUAUCUUGGUCAUUCGAGGACUGGAGAGAUAUUCGUGAGAAUUUAGAUACGAACAACAAGGUUGGAAUAUUAGGUGUUAGAUUAUUGAAUUCGCAAUACGAGAUUGUGAACGGCAUUUCUGCAACUGGCGAAGGUGAAGAAUUGUUUAUUUUGUAUCCACCUGUAGAUGGAGUUCAUAAUAGAUUGUCAUGCGAUAUAGCAUUAGGAGAUGAUAAUGUUAAGACGAUAUUGUUCAAGUCGACAGUACGCGUUGAGAAUGACGCAGAUGUUCCUAUUAUCGUCAAAGUUAUGAAUGAUAAUGCAACAGAAGAGUUGGUGAUUGAAUCAAAGAAAGGAAAGGCAUUGCCGAUUGAUUUUGUUUAUGCCAGUGCAAUCAAGAUACGACCUUAUAUUGAUACUCCUUAUGAAUGGUCUGAUAGACCACUACAUUGGAAAGAUCUAAUUAAGAAUGAAGUGUCUUUGAAAUGUUCAGCGGUUCUCAGUAACGAUUUGUCGUCAUUUUAUUUUCAGGCUGAAGCAAUUUAUGAUCAUGAAGAGCCUUUGGCUAGAAUUUACCCCCAUUUGAGGUUAGUGAUUUCUGCUCCUGUGGAAAUUGAGAACCUACUACCCUUUGACUUAAAUUACAGGUUAUAUGACAAGAAUCUCAAGAAAGAUUGGAAGGGACUGGUUGACAAGGGAAUAAAGAGUUAUGUGCAUGUUGUCAGUUUGGAAAAUUUGCUUUUAUUAAGUGUCGAGCCGAAGAAUUGUAACUUUGGAAAAUCUGAAUUCGCUAUUAUUAAUAUAUCAAAGGCAAGUGAAUUUAAAAGAGAGAACACACUCAUUUUAAGAAGCCAAGAUGGUCAACAAUUAAAAUUAAGAAUUUACUACCCGAGAAAGAAAUCAAAUAGCACAAGUCUUCGUGUGGUUAUUUAUUCUCCUUAUGUCAUUUUGAAUAGAACGGGCCAGAAUCUUCUUGUUGAUGAAAAGGGAAACCUGACAUACUCAUACGGGAAACUGUCGUUACAGCCAGUGAUUCCAGUUAUGUUUUCAUUCGAUAGGUUUGGUGACCGACAAAAUAGGGCACAAUUGAAAAUUGGAGAUUCUGCAUUUACAGCCCCCAUAAGCUUUGAUGCGCUAGGCCAAGACAUAAACGCGAAAGCUCAGGUGCCUGGCAGACAAAUUGAAAUGAAUGUUGGGAUUUCCAUCGCGGAAGGAGAAGGUAAAUAUAACUUAUCGAAGGUGGUAACGAUCGCUCCAAGAUAUAUCGUGAGAAAUUCUCUCCAGGAGACCCUACAAAUUGUUGAAAAUGGGACGACCAAACAAAUUCAGAUAGGACCAAAGGAAUUAUUGCCUCUUUACGGUCUUCGAAGAUUAGAAAAGAAGAGUAUUUUGAUUAAAUUCUUGCAUUCUUCUAAAACUUGGUCGUCACCAUUUACCCUUGAUGAUAUUGGCCAAUUAUUUAUCAAGGUGUACAAGGAAAAUGUUGGACAAGUCUUAUUGAAAGUGAGCAUUAUUUUGGAAAAUGCUACAAUGUUCAUUCAGAUAGAAAAUGCAAACAAUAAUUGGCCAUUUUCAAUUAGAAACUUCAGUGACUCUGAGUUUUACGUCUACCAAAAUGACCCAAAUAUCAAUGAAAAUGGUGAACUCGUCAAAAAUGACACACAAUACAAGCCUAUUUACUACAAAAUUCCAGCUAAAAGUGUCAUGCCGUACGCUUAUGACUAUCCUAAUGCUGUCAUCAAGGAGUUGAUAAUUAGAUCUCACGGUAGGGAGAGAGCUGUAAAUUUAGCUGAAAUUGGAAACUUGAAGCCAUUCAGACUUCCACCAACCCAAGAUGCAGAGCAACUGAUUGUCGAUCUCAACGUUGUGGCAGAUGGACCUACUCAAUCAUUGAUCAUAACCAAUUAUGAUCCUUCAGUCAGCUUGUAUAAACUCCCUGGAGAAAAAUCAAGCUCAACGGUAGCCCUAUCCCAGAACUUUGAAGCAUCCGAAGGUGACGAGAAUUAUCAUAUCAAGAUCGUGACCAAGUUUGAAGGUUUCGGGUUAUCGUUGAUAAAUACUAGAUUCCAGGAGUUAUGUUAUAUCACAAUUCGAGGAUUGGAACUUAGGUACAACGAGUCAGACUUAUACCAGAACAUCAGCUUUAAAUUGAAGUGGAUGCAAAUCGACAACCAAUUAUACGGAGGAAUAUUUCCGAUUAUACAAUACCCAAGUGUUAUUCCUAAGUCAGGUAGAGAGCUAAAUAGCCAUCCAUCGCUUUCCGGAUCACUCGUUCGCGUCAAGGAUGAUAGCCAUGGAGUUCUCUUUAUAAAGUAUGCGACGAUUUUGUUGCAGGAGAUGACCUUUGAAAUUGAUGAAGAUUUCUUGUUUGCUCUCUUAGAGUUCGCUAAGUUUCCAGGUGCAAGCUGGAACAAGGAAUCUGUCGAUAAACUAUGUGAUGCUGAACUCAAGCUUCCAGAACCAGGCAGUUUGACAGGAGCUAGCGAUAUCUACUUCGAAGCUUUGCACCUUCAACCGAUCCAAUUGAAUUUGUCAUUUGUACGUACAGAAAGAGUUAAUGCAGAAGACAAAGCUUCAUCCCAAAAUACAUUAAUGUUUUUCUUCAAUGUCCUUACAAUGGCAAUUGGAAAUAUUAAUGAUGCUCCUAUUAAAUUGAACUCUUUGUUUAUUGAGAAUCUUAGAGUUCCAAUACCCAUCUUGAUUGAAUCAAUUCAAACUCACUAUGGGCAAUCAUUUUUCUAUCAAGUUCAUAAGAUUCUUGGUUCCGCUGAUUUCAUUGGAAAUCCAGUAGGUUUGUUCAAUCACAUUUCAUCUGGUGUACUUGAUAUUUUCUAUGAACCAUAUCAAGGUUUCAUUAUCAAUGACCGUCCUCAAGAGUUGGGAAUUAGCAUUGCUAAAGGUGGAUUGAGUUUUGUGAAGAAGUCAAUUUUUGGAUUUUCAGAUUCCUUUGCGAAGUUCACCGGUUCAAUUGCAAAGGGGUUGUCGGUUGCGACAAUGGAUAAGAACUUCCAAGAACGUCGUAGACUUAACCAACGCCGAAACAAACCAAAGCAUGCUCUCUACGGAGUUGCAUCAGGCGCCAAUUCAUUCUUCGAAUCCGUCUCUUCUGGAGUUACAGGCAUUGCAACAGCACCCAUAGAAGGUGCAAACGCAGAGGGGGCAGCUGGGUUUUUCAAGGGCCUUGGACGAGGUGUUGUUGGCUUGCCAACAAAGACUGCAAUAGGGUUCUUUGAUUUAGCAUCGAAUGUUAGUGAAGGCAUCAGAAACACAACAACAGUUUUUGAUGCAGAAGGAUUGGACAAAGUGAGACUUCCAAGACACAUCCCUCACGACCACGUUAUAAGGCCUUUUUCGCAAAGAGAAGCCCAAGGACAAUACUGGCUCAAUUCAAUUGAUGGAGAUGUUUAUUUUAGAGAGACGUAUUUGGCGCAUUUACUACUUUCAGGUGAAGAGAAGGUAGUUUUGGUCACAUAUAAGAUGAUUGUACUUUUCGAAGUUAACAAUUUGAAAUCCAAAUGGGUGAUUAGCUUUGACCAGAUCAAAUCUAUUUCAGUUGAACCUUCUGGAUUGAGUAUUGGACUCAAGAGGAGAGAGGGUCCAUUCAUCCCCAUUCCUGAAAAGAAAAAUAGAAACUUCUUGUACAACAAGAUUGCCAUUGCUGUUGAGGAAUUCAAUAAGCACUGCCAAAUAGUAUUAUAGAUAUAAAUCUAGAUAAUACAUGAAUUAGU